GAGCCCGUCACUUCACUUAUGAGCGGCGUCUGCACUACAAAUACAGUUUCUGCUGUGGAGGAGGCGCGUUUUUCUACUCAGCCCGUUUUAAAACAAGAAAAAUGUCAGUGAACCCGAAAUUUGUGAGUCUUCACAGACCGCACUGUUUAUCAGCCGCUGCGCCCGCCGGACAAGCCAAACUCACACACCCUGGAAAGGCAAUUUUAGCUGGAGGGAUUGCCGGAGGAAUUGAAAUCUGCAUCACGUUUCCUACAGAGUAUGUGAAAACUCAACUCCAGUUAGAUGAGAAGGCGAACCCGCCUCGGUACAAAGGCAUCGUUGACUGUGUGCAGCAGACGGUGCGUGGUCAUGGGGUGAAGGGGCUGUACAGGGGUCUGAGCUCUCUGCUCUAUGGCUCCAUUCCCAAAGCUGCGCAGUUUGGGAUGUUUGAAUUCCUCAGUAAUAAGAUGAGGGAUGAAUCUGGGAAGUUGGACAGCACGCGGGGGUUACUCUGCGGUCUGGGCGCAGGAGUCGCGGAGGCUGUAGUCGUGGUGUGUCCGAUGGAGACUGUGAAGGUCAAAUUCAUCCAUGAUCAGUCCUCAGCGAACCCAAAGUACAGAGGUUUUUUCCACGGUGUGAGAGAAAUAAUCAGAACACAAGGACUCAAAGGAACAUAUCAGGGAUUGACCGCAACAGUACUGAAGCAGGGCUCAAACCAGGCCAUCCGAUUCUACGUAAUGACCGCCCUGAGAAACUGGUACAAAGGCGAUAACCCCAAUAAGACUAUUAACCCCUUCAUAACCGGAAUGUUUGGAGCCAUUGCUGGAGCCGCAAGCGUGUUUGGAAAUACACCAUUGGAUGUGAUCAAAACUAGAAUGCAGGGAUUAGAAGCUCAUAAAUACAAGAGCACAGUUGACUGCGCCAUCAAAAUCAUGAAACACGAAGGACCAGCUGCAUUUUACAAAGGCACCAUCCCCAGAUUAGGUCGUGUGUGUUUGGACGUGGCUAUAGUGUUCAUAAUCUACGAGGAAGUGGUUAAAGUUCUCAAUAAGGUGUGGAAGACAGAUUAAUGGAGAGCUGACGCUGGCCUUCAUGACAUCAUAGCGGUGCGACAGCGGGGGACGUUUACACAGGGGCCAAAAUAUCUGCCAACUGCAGAUGACAAAGAAAGUCACUGGAAUGUACUUAAUUACCGUAAUUUAAUCAACACAGAGAUAGAUUUCGCCAACGAAUGUGAGAAAGAAAUCAAAUACUUGAAAAUUAGACUAAAAAUAUAUAGUAUUUACCUUUAAGAACAAUUUUUAAAAAUGUUUUUUAUGGAAAACGACAUCUUUAGGGAGACAGGAUUCACUAAAAUUUUAUUUUAUGUUUUUAAAUAUUAUACAUACAUAUAUAUAUAUAUACACACACUGCCCUCCAAAAGUUUGGAAACAUCCCUGGCAAAGUGUGGUUUUGGACGAUAUCAGCAUAAAUC